CCCCACCUUGAUAGGAUCCUGCCUACUUCACCAGAACCUGGUUCCACAGACGGGACGAGAGCCACAUGGAAAUAAUAACCUUUUGAGAAUUGCACUCCGGCCGACUCCUACCAAAGGCUUAUCUCGAUGGGGUCAGACAAUGAAGAAGACGGUAUUGCUCUGUUUUAUUCACGGCUUCAAGGGGGAUGAGUCCACCUUUGGCAAGAACUAUGCCUUUGUCGAGCAUCUUCGUAAGCUGGUGGCAGCCGCUCUUCCCAAGGUGAACGUCCAGGCUGUCGUUUACCCGACAUACAAGACCCGCGGCGACCUGGGAGAGUGCGUGACACGCUUCAGCGACUGGCUCCUCAACAAGGUGAUAGACCUCGAAGUAGCCGCCGGGACCUCCUCCCCGACAAUCGACCCCUCCGUUCGCGUUGUGUUAGUAGGACACUCCAUGGGCGGCAUCGUCGCGGCCGAAACAGCCAUCAGGACCGCCUCGGAGCAACCGAUCCACAACUCGGUCGACGAAGACAGCCCCACUAAAUCAUCCACCGCCAUGCCGCCUCCCCCGAAUGCGCUCAUGUUCCCGUACAUCCAGGGUGUCCUCGGCUUCGAUACACCCUUCCUGGGAAUAUCCCCUGGUGUGGUUGCCCACGGCGCGGAAUCGCACUACGCUGCCGCGUCGGCGGCCAUCGCCCAGUUAAGCGGACUGACGAGCCUCUGGGGCGGCACCAAAGCCGCCGAGGCCAGCCCCGACGCGAAGACGGCCGGCGUGUUGCCUCCGGCAGCCCCAUCGCCGGGACCCAGAGACGGAAACAAAGGCGAGGAGAAUCAGAGUAAACCCGCGCCAGCGAACAGCGGUUGGGGCAAGUGGGGCACUAUCGCCAUCGCGGCGGGUGCCGUAGGCGCCGUGGCAGCCGGCGGGACGGCAGCCUACCUGAAGCGCGAUCAAAUCACACAGGGGCUGGGUUGGGUCACGUCGCACCUCGAGUUUGUCGGGUGCCUGGCGCGCAAGGAGGAGCUGAAGCGGCGGGUAGCGUACAUGGUGCGACUGAACAAGGAGCUUGGGGUCGGGUUCGGGAACUUGUACACCCGAUUGGGGCAGGCAGCGGGAUCGAAGCAGGUGAGCAUGGUUGGGACGGUGCUAGGGAGCGAGAGGACGUUCUGCGUGGUGCCGCAGCGGGACCAGGCUGGAGACUGGCGCCAGGCGGUGAAUGACAGGGCGAAGGAUGAGAUUGGGGCGCAUAUUUCCAUGUUUGGGCCCAAGGAAAACCCGGGCUUCGACAAGAUGUCGACUGACGCAAGGGAUAUGGUUGCGGCCUGGUUCCGCAAUGAUUGGUAUGAGAGCAGCUCGACAGAUACGGUUCGCUCAUGACGCUGGGAGGCAGAGUCGUCUGAGGCGGGUGUCAUGUCGUGAUAUUAGGGGCCCACGACCUGCGUCUGGGGCUGUUUCUAUGUAUACUUUUGUUCUCCGUACGCUCGUCCACCUAGAGAUACUCCGGAACUUGAAACACGGCCCCCAUGGCCGGUAGUUCUAGGAGAGCUGCCGAAGCAGUAAUAUCACCGCUUUAAGCAACGGCCAUUACUGUGUCUUCUUCUGUGCGGGAUUGCCUGGGCCGAGGUACCUUCUCCGCUGCUUCAGCAUGUGGCCGUACAGGAUGACCGAGCCUACCCGAUCC